UGCUUCGACUUCGAUUUUUCCCCCUUUUCUUCCCCAAUCCAAAUUUUUAUCGAAAUUCUAUACCAAUGGGAAAUUAUUUCUUAUCUUCCUUUCUUCGAACCUUUUGGUAUGUAUUGUCCCCUAACUAUAGAUCAGAUCCACCGGACGAGAAACUCAAUUCCGCACUGCUGCUGAGUCGUCGGACUUAUCCAAAAAGGGAUUUUUAGAAUUUCUUUAGAUUGCCGCUCUCUUUUGAGUAUGCAGGUACUAAGAAUCCUCUCACUACCAACCAGCAGACAUCAUCUGGCUGGGUCUUGCCGAGGAGAUCGGAGCAAGAGAGAACGCCUAGACGAUGUUUUUCUUCCUGGGCUGCAGUAAGUAGAUCGAGAGGUCGUUCCGCCCCCUGUCCCCGAAUAUUGGUAAUAUGUUCUCAUACAAUGUUGCUCCAAUCUGACCUAGCUGGCGAGCGAUCCCAGUUCGCGGCAGAGAACAAGACAACAAGCGAGCGUACCUUUGUUCGCUUCUUCUCCACCAAGCACGGAAGUUUAAGGAUAACUGUUGGUCGGUGGCUACCUAAGGAAACUCCGAUUCGAUCCGCCCCCCGGCUGGAAGGCAUCUACCUCAUCACGAUCACAAGGAGAGGUUCACCAUGAUGGGGGGUAC